CCUUAUUUUGAAGUGACGAAAUCAUCGAAGAUACUGACGGGCGUCGAUUCAAGAAUCAUGCGAAUCGCUACAUUAUUCCCCUUAUAUACGAUCUAUUCACUACUUUCAGUAUGUUUUCCCAACGCAUAUGUCUAUAUGUUUGGGUGGACAAAAGUUUUCCAAGGGGUUGCCCUGUAUUGGUUUCUCAUGUUGUUGUGCGACUUUGUCGUGCCAGACGACCAACACAGAAUUGAGUUCUUCGCAUCUUUGAGGAUUCAAAAGGGAUACAGCAGAACCAAAAUAACAGACGGGUUGUCGUGGUUGAAGUAUACCUGGUUUUUCGUUCUGCAGUAUCCCAUUGUCACAUUCAUCUUAGCCAUUGCUCAAAGUAUCACACAAGCCCUGGGAAUUUACUGCCUCGAGGGCCGCGAUGCCCGUUUUGGUCAUUUAUGGAUCACUGUCAUUGGAAUCAUAUCGCUUGGCAUGGCAAUGACAAAUAUCCUCAGGUUCCACAGCAACUUCAGAUCUUACAUGCAAGAACAAAAGCCAAUGAUGAAGCUCUUGGCAUUCAAGCUUAUUGUUGGUCUUGAAUUCUUAGAACAGAUUAUAUUUAUGGUUCUUGACUCCACGGGCACCCUCAAGCCUUCCGGUACCCUGAGCUAUGCAGACAUCAUCAUUGGCUUACCUACCCUGAUUAUCUGUCUGCAGGUGGUCCCAUUUGCAUUUGUCUUCUACCACGCCUAUUCCAUCAAGCCAUACACAAUAUUGAACGUUAAGCGUGAUAGCAAUUCUCAACAGUAUCUCGCUGUAGCCGACAGUGAGACCGGCGGCCCCCGCGUAAAGCGCUAUCAGGGUGGCCCCUUGGGGGCUUACGCUUGGCUUGCAUUGUUCAACCCGUUGGAGUUCUUCCGAAGCAUCAAAUCGACAUUUAAUAUGUUCCAUGGUUCCAGGAUGGAGCAGAAGAAGACCGGAAUAGACGUGAACUCUGGUAUGUAA